AUGACCCAUGAUGCCCCAGCAGUGGGACACUUUGGGCGGUAUCGGACCACCCAUCUGGUAAGCCACGAGUUUUGGUGGCCCUGCCUGAAGGCUGACGUGGCUCGCUAUGCCGCUGGUUGUGACGUCUGCCGGCAGGCCAAGGGUCCUACCGGGCAACCCCCCGGCCUACUUCAGCCGUUACCAGUCCCGCCACAUCCUUGGCACACGGUCUCGCUGGACUUUGUGGUGGACUUACCCCCGUCUCGUGGCUGUACCUGCCUCCUGGUUUCAUUCACCAUUUCACUAAGAUGGUGCACUGUGCCCCCUGCCCAUCUGUACCCACAGCUAAAGAGACUGCUCAGCUAUACCUUCAGCAUGUUUUCUGCCUGCAUGGCCUUCCCGAGCGUGUGGUUUCCGACCGGGGCAUCCAGUUCACAUCCCGCUUCUGGCGAGCAUUGCAUCAGGCCCUCGGGACAGAGGUCUGUCUAUCUUCAGCCUACCACCCGCAGACCAAUGGUCAGACGGAACGGGCAAACGCGGUGCUGGAGCAGUAUCUCCGGUGUUACUGCAGCUUCCAGCAGGACGACUGGGUCGACCACUUAGCAUUGGCAGAGUUCGCUUACAACAACGCGGUGAACGCCUCCACCCAGCAGACCCCAUUCCAGGCCAAUUACGGUUACCACCCGCGGUUAUUCCCGGAUGUGCUGCCAGUAUCCGCAGUCCCUGCAGUGGCAGAUUGGCUCCAGGCGCUCCAGUCUCAGCAACAACUAUUGAUGGAGCAACUGCGCCAGGCCAAGGAGGCAUACAAGGCCCAGGCCGACCGCCACCGCCAGGUGGGGCCGGACCUCCACGUCAGUGACCUGGUAUGGCUCUCCACUCACCACCUCCACCCCUCUCAGCCUUCGCGGAAGUUGGACGCCCGCUUCACCGGCCCAUUUCCUAUCGUGGACCAGGUCUCGCCUGUGGCAUUCCGUCUCCGGUUACCCCCAACCCUGAAGGUUCAUUUCAUCCGGUAUUCCACAGGUCCCUUCUGAGUCCAGUGGCCCCGCCCGGCGGGUUCCACCCAAACCGUCCCCGACCACCGCCAAUUUUGGUUCAGGGGGAGCCCGAGUACGAGGUGGAAUGCAUUCUGGACUCCCGAUACCUCAGGGGAAAGCUUCAGUAUCUCAUAGACUGGAAGGGGUAUGGACCCGAGGACUGUUCCUGGGAACCAGCAGCCAACGUCCACGUGCCUGCCUGCCUCCGUAAUUUCCAUGCGGCGUACCCCAGCAAGCCGGGUCCGGACCUUCAGUUGAGGGGGGGGUCUGGGAGGGGGGAUGGUGUGAUGGCCUGGGAAUCUGAUUCAGAGGCUGAACCAGAGGAAUCCCAGCCUGCACAGGAGCCUUCAGGGCCGGCUGAGCCAGGGCAGGGCCUUGAAUCUGAAGGACCCACACCUGUGCCAGAUCCUCAGGAGCAGACACCAGAUGAAUCCACUCUGGCUCCAGAGGUGAUCGAGGACCCAUUGCCUGCAGGUGCGCCUCUCCCAGCCCUGUCAGGGGAAGGUGAAGCUGCCCCUGGGUCCAGUAACCCUCCAGCCUCUCCUGAGCUGCAGAGGCUCAGGGCAGAGAGGCGGAGGGAACUAAGUUCUAUCAGGAGGAGUGCUCGCCUUAAGGCCAGUAGAGGCAGGUCACCUGUGGGCCGGGACCGCCCCUGGCCUCAGAGGAGAUAAAGGCCAGUCAGCCCAGUCCCAGGUUGCAGGAGCAACGUCGUUGGAAACCUGUUUCUGCCAGCACCCAGACCUGUUUUUCUGGAGUUCCCGACCACGCCCGGCUCCUUGCCUUGGACCCUGCUUCGCCCUUGACAGACAGUCUCCAGACCCCCGAAUCAGGACCAGACUCUGACCACGCCUCACGGUAACCCCCCCCCGGACCAGCACACUUUACUUGUCGUCUUUGCUGUUUUGUUUGUAAGCAGUUUUGUAUGUCUACAGAGCAGGGAUGGGGAGACUGUGUCCUUCCAGAUGCUGAUGGACUACAGCUCCCAUCAUCCCUGGCUAUUGGGCUGGUUGGCUGUGGCCAAUGGGAGUUAACAGCCCAACAUCUGGAGGGCCACAGCUUCCCCAUCCCUGGUGAUUGUUACUGCAGCUGGAUGUUGUGUCUUUCCAGGAAAGCAACUUUGAGCUGUGGGAGCGGCCCCUGUCGGGCAGAGCCUUUACCAUUUCUGUGCUGAACCGUCAGGAGAUUGGUGGACCACAGGCUUUUGUCUUCUCUACUGCCUUCCUUGGCAAUGGCUUAGCUUGUAACCCUGCCUGCUCCAUCCAGCAGAUCCUUCCCACCAGUGUGGAUUUGGGGCUGCACAACUGGGUUUCACCUUUGAAGGUGGUAGUGAACCCAACUGGCACAGUGCUGUUGAAGAUGGUGGUGACUGAGGAGAAACUGUUUGAUAAUGGAAACAAGCACUUUCCAGAGUUCUUAUAA